AUGGAAGAAAGUGAUACUGAAACACAAAGCGUUUCUGGUCAAAAUCCUACUACUAUUUUAGAAUGUUUUAUGACUAAUGAGGAAACUAAUAAAGCAAAAUGUAAUUAUUGUACAAAGGAAUUUAGUUUACUUCUCAAUGAAUUGAUCGCAAAAAACCAUAUCUCCAAAGCACAUCAAGACAAAUGGAAAACUUUGGAAAAGAAUAUCGGAAAAACACCUAGUAAAAAACCAAAAUCUGUACAGAAUAAUAGAAUCUUAUCUAGAUCAAAUAUUGAUGAUGAAGAUAAAAAAAAUGAUAAUAAAUUUAAUGAUAUAUGGACCCAUAAUCCAAAAACACUUGUGAUUGGACAUAAACAUGUUCUUGUACAAUGGACUGAAGAAAAUAUUAAU